AUUUUAUUCAUAACGCGCUGUAGCAUGUGCGUCUCAUUUUUUCUCUCAUUAAUUUUAAAUAUUUUAAUUUAUUUGAUUUUCGUUUGAUCGCUUUUGAUCUGUUUGUAGGAUAUUCGCAUAGCAAAACCAAGAUGAACUACAAUCAGGCAUUAGCCACAGUGGCGCUUCUAAUUUUGUACAUGAUUUAUUUAACAUCCGCCGCUCGAUACGUGCCCAAAUGGAAGAAGCAAGCAUGCGAGGUGCCAGCCAGCCAAAAUGAACAAUCACACUACACCUGCGACGAUAAUGGCGAUGUCAAAUGCUUACCAGGUUGGCAAGGUGAUUUGUGCGACGUUCCUAUUUGCCGAAAGGGUUGCGAUCCCAUGCAUGGUUAUUGUAAAAAACCGGGGGAGUGUCGUUGUAAUUUAGGAUUUUAUGGCGAAAAGUGCGAUCGUUGCAUUCCACUGCCCGGAUGUCAACACGGAUACUGCAAUGUUUCGUUCGAGUGUAUUUGCAAAGAAGGAUGGGAUGGUCUCUUCUGCACUGAUCCCAUUUGUCGUGAUGACUGCCAUAAAACUCGCGGUUAUUGUGAAGUACCAAAUGAAUGUCGUUGUCGAUUGGGAUGGGCUGGACCAACUUGUAAAGAAUGCCAAGUGCUCCCUGGCUGCCAGCAUGGGUCAUGUACAAAACCACUGGAGUGCAAAUGCCAUCCAGGCUGGACUGGAAUCUUGUGCCACAUUCCAAUCUGCUCAUCAGAAUGUAAUCAAAAGCAUGGAUACUGUAAGAAACCAGGCGAAUGCAGAUGUAAAGUUGGUUAUCAUGGCGAAUUCUGUGACAAAUGCCAUCCUUAUCCCGGAUGUAAAAAUGGAGAUUGCCGCAGACCAUGGGAAUGUAAUUGCAAGCCAGGCUAUGGUGGAAUGUUGUGCGAUGAAGAGCUGAAAUACUGUGAAGAAAAUCCGAAGGCAUGUUUGAACGGUGGCAAAUGCACAUCGUUAACCAAAGAUGAAGGUUCAUUCGAAUGUGAAUGCCCGACUGGAUUCAAAGGCAAAAACUGUGAAAUUGUUCCGACAACACCAAAACCUAAACCACCAACAACAACAACACCCACUCCCACCACCACAAAGUUACCAAGCCAAGAGACGGCGGCUUCUGAAGAAGACAAUGAUGGUGACGAAAGUGACGACACCGAACAAACAACGGAAGCAAAAACGAGUGAAAGUGAUGUCGCAGAGACGGUGGCAUCCGUUGAAGAGAUUGACAAUGAGGCAUAAAAAAUGGUUAGCACUUAGUCAUUAGACAGUAGUAAGAAUAUAAUCACUUUUCUUUCCAUUUUUGUUUUUAAUUUAUUCUUUAACUUAUUUAUUUGUGGUAAAAUGUUUUACGAUUUGAGUGAAUUAAAAAAAAAAUUAUGAAAUAA